GGAAUUUCUAGUGCUCUCAUGAUCAGGUAACAUAACCAUAAAAGAAGUUCCUAUCAGAAAUGAGGCCGUACGCGAAAUUCUGGAAGGAAUCGGCGAGUUUGUUGAUUCUCGGGCGAUCUCCGCGUGCUAAACCAUUCAAUUAUGAAGUGUUGGUGCUUAAGAGAUCCGCCAAGGCGUCCUUCAUGCCCAACGGGAUUGUUUUCCCAGGAGGAACCCUGGAGGACAGUGACAGCUCUCAUGAGUGGUUGAGUCUGUACCGCGAUCUGGGAGUGUCAGACGCCAGGAUUGCUCAACUCAGUCAAAUCUCUGGUCAGCGAUCAUUCAUCUUUGAGCGGGAACGACCAACUGACUUGGCCAGAGAAAUCUCCCUGAGAAUUGGCGCCAUUCGUGAAACAUUUGAGGAAGUUGGAGUACUCUUUGCGAAGAAUGCUCAGCAAUUUGCGAUGGAAUCCCCUCUGGCGGACGCUGUGACAGGAUUCGAUGUGAAGGAGUGGCAGAAAAUCGUCCACGGUGAUCAUAAGGAGUUUAUCCGUCUCUGCCGGGAGUUGAAUGUGGCUCCGGACAUCUUUGGCGCCUACGAAUCGGCAAAUUGGCUCACGCCAACGACUUUCGGGAAGAAGAGAUUCAACACUGCCUUCUUCUUUGUCGCACUGCCAGAUCAGCCCCAAAUCACUGCCGAGGAUAAUGAAGUUCAGUCCUCAAGGUGGGAGACUCCUGAAAGCAUCUUGGAUCGCUCCAGGAAUAGAGAAUAUUUUCUUCCUCCUCCGCAACACUAUGAACUGUCGAAGAUAAGCCACAAAAAGGAUAUUGAUGAUUUGGCCGCCUUCAUGCGUGACCGUCAGAAGCACGGAUUGACUCUGAUAUUUCCUUAUCAGUUCUAUCUCGCCGACGCUGUUCUGGAUGUUUAUCCCGGUGAUUCACUUUAUCCUGCAGAGCCAUCCUAUACAGAAAUCACACACGAUAAGGACCAGUACAAAGACAAGACAUUGGACGAAAUGCGGAAGCUCUUCCCGAAGCAUCACAGGAAUGAAUUGCUAGGAGAUCAUUCCAGAAUUAGGUGCAACAUGCUAGUAAACAUCCCACCGACUAAUGGACACUUGUGCCCCGUCCAAGGCGGAGCGAGAGCCAAGCUAUAAGACGUGAAAUAAGGUGAAUCUCCCAAGUAGUGUGAGACUGCAGGAAUGCCGUGAACAUGGGCAGGAGAAUAAAAAUAAGGAGAGUGCUGCAGAGAAAUACGUAAAAACUCCCCCAAAGAGAAUUGAAACCCGGAUACGGUGUCGGGCAUGGCAGAGCGGAGGGAGUUUUUUGAAUGAGGUUGAAUGUCUGCGCGCUCUGUGAUUGUAAAUUUGAGUCUCUUGUUUGUCUCCUCACCCUUGGCAUGGGCGCACGGAGUGCAGCAGGAGGGAGUGGAGUCGGAGUGAGCGCGGAGGCAAAAGAGGCGCGCAUUGUCGGGCCAUUUGAGUAUAUA